GUUUAAAUAUCCAUUCAUCCACUCAUUCACGCACCUUACUUCAACACUAGUACUCACUGACUAACAUUUCCCACCACCACCCGGCCAACUCUGCCGCCAAUUCCUCAAACUGCCACUAUUACCGCCGUCGCCAAAAGCUGCUUUCCUGAAUGCAAGCCAACUGAAGAAACUUCACAAACUAUACACAAACAAUGUCUCUACAAAAAAGAUCUCCACCUUCACUAACGUUGUCUACGACGACAACAAACAACGAUCUCAAAAACCGAGUAAUAUCAUGUCUAAACAAGCUCUCAGACCGCGACACGCUCCUAUUGGCGACGACAGAACUCGAAACCAUCGCUAAAACUCUGGCAACACACGACGCAUUCUCCUCAUUCCUCACAUGCAUUUACAACACUGAUUCUUCCUGUAGAUCACCAGUCCGCAAACACUGCGUUAACCUCUUGACUCUCCUCUCUAACUCUCACGGAAACUCUCUCGCUCCUCAUUUCUCGAAAAUGAUCUCCACUCUCACUCGCCGGCUCCAUGAUCCUGACUCCGCUGUACGCGCCGCCUGCGUCGAAGCCACCACCGCCAUGUCAUCUCAAAUCACUAAACCUCCGUUUUCUACUCUGUCGAAACCGCUUAUUGAGAUCAUGACGGUUGAGAAAGAUUUUAAUUGUCAGAUCGGUUCUGCUUUAUGUUUAGCGGCAGCGAUUGAGGCGGCGCCGCAGCCUGAGCUGGAGAUGCUGAGGAAGAUGUUACCGAGACUAGGGAAAUUAGUGAGAGGUGAUGGGUUUAAAGCCAAGGCUGCUUUGUUGAGUGUUAUAGGGAGUAUUGUUAGUGUUGGUGGUGCUAAAAGUAAGGGUGUGCUUGACUGGUUAAUGCCGUGUUUGGUUGAGUUUUUGAGUUGUGAUGAUUGGUCCUCUAGAAAAGCCGCUGCUGAGGUGUUAGGGAAGCUGGCUGUAGCGGAGAAGGAGCUGGCUAAGGAGCACAAAGCUGUGUGCUUGAGUUGUUUGGAGAAUAGGAGGUUUGACAAGGUGAAAGCAGUUCGGGAGACCAUGAAUCGUACCUUGGAGUUGUGGAAACAAGUUCCUGGUGUUUCUGAUGAAGUUUCAGUACCAUCUCAAUCUAAAUUUUCUUCGAUAGAUAAUGCUAUUAGUGAAAGCUUCCCUUCUGCCCCUCAUAAUUCUAAUGAAGUUGGCUUCAACCAUCCUGUACCAAAGAAAACAGUCCUUGCAAAUCGGUCCCCCCUAUCGGAUUCUUCAGUUGUGACCACAGCCAGAAAACAAAGCCCGGCAAAGUGCAUCAAUGACAAUUCAAAGACAUCUAUGUUUCGUAAGUCGGAACACAAGGAAACCUCUGCUUGGAAAAUUGAAAUUGCUCUACCACAAGACACGGGCGGCUGCGAAGAAGAUAUCAAAAGGCAGGAUUUUGGGGGUUUUGAAUCAGGGGAGGAUGUAAACAAUGGGAAAUGUAGGCCAGAAACUAAACGUGUCCUCUUCAAUAGUAUCCGAAAGGAUAAGCUGCACAAAUCUGGUGGUUUUCGAUCUGGGUCGAGAGUGGUUCCUUGUAAUGAUGAUGAUGACUGUUACAGUAAAGAUGUUGAGGUCAAUAACCCUACUGAAGAAUCUAUAGAGAACAGUAAAGAUAUUGAGGAUCUAUCUUUGAUACAUGACCAACUUAUUCAGAUUGAAAACCAGCAAUCCCAUCUUCUGGACCUCCUCCAGAAAUUUAUCGGGAGCUCCCAGCAUGGUAUAAAUUCUCUGGAGACACGAGUUAAUGGACUGGAGAUGGCAUUGGAUGAAAUUUCCUAUGACUUGGCACUAUCGACUGGAAGGCUUCCUAAUAUGGACUCUGCAGAUAACACUUGUUGCAAACUGCCUGGCACAGAAUUCUUGUGUUCUAAGUUUUGGAGGCGAACAGAAGGUCAGUCUUCUACUUCAAGGUUCUCUUUCCCUGGAAGUAUUGGAUCACUGCAUGCUGCACAAAACAUUCGUGAUAGAGAUGCCAGAACUGCAUCAUUCAAUGCAAAUAGUGAAAGAUCUCAAUCUCAAAUUAGGAGCGGGUUGGUCAUAUCCCCGUUAAGGAGGAAUUCAGGCUACUAUUCAAGUCAAUUGUCAAGUAACAUAAUUCAAGAUGACGGACAAGUCCAGAAUGCACAUGGGCAUUCUGAUUGCUGAAGCUUCAUCAGCUUCUUGUACAGCAACAUUGAACUUAAGCAGUAGAUUGUCUCCUCGAUAAAUAUGUUUCAACAGCAAUCUUAACUGAGAACAAGCAUCACUAGUCAUCGAAACCAGAAGAUAGCAAGAAAGAUAAAAGCCAAACUGCAUGUUCAGUUUCAAGGUAGGAAUAUGUUUCAACAACCUUAACUGAGAACAAGUAUCACUAGUCAUCUUAACCAGAAGAUGGCAAGAAAUUAGAUAAAGCCAGUUGAGUCAUGCCUAGUCUGCGAGGGAAGGGUGUGAAUGCAAAAUUCUGGGGCCAUCAAAUUCUGCAGCCUGUUUUAAUGUUAUAUCUUAAGUUCUUAGGCAGGAUUUCUCCUUGACCUACGGAACCGCCAGAGCAAGUCAUUGCGUAUAUGAUUCUUAUUUAGCACUUACAAAAGCGCUGAUUUGAUCUGUACAGAGACUACCGUUCAGUCCUUGCACACUCUCUCGCCCAUUUAUGGCUUGCUAUAAUUUUUUGUACGGUGAAUAAAAGCAUCCAUUUAAAGAGAGCUCUCAUAUCUUAUUACUCUUAGAAUUAUGUUGGUUAUGUGACUGUAAUUUCUGCUAUGCAAUUAAUGGAUCAGAUAUGGCAUUUGUUAGAA